UUGCACGAUGCUUUGUUAGUUGCUGGAGGGCCUUCCUAUCAUAAUGAGUCCCACCAUUCCUCCUUGGCCAGCCCCAGUGAGGAGUGUUACCGGAGGCAAGCAGCCAGGCAAAGUGCCGAAGGCGCCAUUGGGAUUGGGCGCCACCAGCGACGAGAGCUCUGACUCGGGAAGUGAUUCCGGUCGGUCCUCAUCAGAUGCAGGAUCAGAGAAUGUCGCCAACAGCGACAUCGACACACAAACGCAGGCCAGGAAACGUAUCGGGCGGAAAACGGCCCGGCGACGAAACUCAAAAUCAGAGACGAUCGGGGGCAAGCGUCCUGCAGGGAUUGUGUCUGGGAAGACACCACCAGACUCAACUCAGCACCAUACAACGGAAAUCCAUGCCAGGAAGACCUCUGGUGGAAGGUGUUGUUGUGAACUUUCAUCCAGACAGGUUGCUGAACUUCCUCGGCGGAUUGCCAGUAUGGUUCUGUCGAAGAAUCCAGUUGUCAUCAAGAUCAGUAUACCCUCAUAUUUGCUUCCCCUAAAGCCUCUUCCUCGCUCCGAGAAGCCCAAGGCGUCAUCUCAUAUUCACUCUGGCAACUCAAAAUCUCGAUCGAAAGCAGUAUAUUCAUUGGACUCUUCUGAUGACGAUCAUCACAUGGACAUCAACAAGCCCUCGGGCACUGACAAAGAAGCAGGAAAAGCACGACAAAGAGGGGUCGCUCCUACUCCUCGGAUGAGUCCGAUUCGGAAGAUCUAGAAUCCGGUGGUCCACCUGAGAAGUCUGACACUCGUAGCAGAUUGGAAUCCAAGGACAAUUCACAGAAAUCGGAUUUAACA